CCGAGAGCGGGGCGCGGAGGUCUGUGGGCUUCGGCUUUUCCGGGUUCCUAGCCCAAGUCGUCGCCCUGGUCAGCCUCCGGGCUGCUGGCCGACCGGCUUCGUGAGACAUUCAAUGGCUGGAUCUGUGCUCACUCCUGAAGGAGGUGAGCUGAAUCCUGGUGGCAUAGUGGAGCUGUCACAAGAGAAGUCAGCAAGUCUAUCUCUGCCAAGCCACAGAAUCUGAUGUGCCAGCCAAAAGAACUUGGCAGCAAAAUAUAAGGAAUGAAGCCAAACACUCUCUUGAUUCGAUGUCUGAUGAGAAGUCGGGAAUGCUCCUCGGCAGCUUGCUCGAAGAGCGCCCUCUCGUUGUAGAGGUGGUUGGCCCAGUAGUGAUGCUGCAGAGAGGUGAGGGGAGAGCAACAUCUUGCCAGACAUUUGGAGACCAGGAGAGCAAUGGUUGCCAAAACGACCAGAAUCCAGCCCAGCAUCUACGAAUAAUCAGCAAGAAAUUAGUGGGUGCAAGCAUUGAUGCAGCAAAUUCAAAAAACAACUGUGAUAAGAGGGAGCCCAACAGACCUCAGAACUAAGAUGAAUGGGAAGCAUGGAGAAGUAGAACUAAGAACAACAACAAAAUCAACAACAACCAAACUAGUUGGUUACUAAGCAAAGAGCAAAGGCAAUAGAGAACACUCCUGCAUCAAAUCAAGAAAGAACUUGCUAAGACAAAGAUGGGAGAGGACUACUGAUAUGUAUCUAAGUCACAGACCGAAGAAAAGAACUGAAAAUCUUUUCACGUACCAAGAAAGAUGUCUCGUCCUGCGCACAAAAGGCCAGAAUAUCACAAAAUAAACAAAGACCUUUUUGUGCUCACCUAUGGAGCUCUGGUCGCCCAGCUAUGCAAGGAUUAUGAAAAAGAUGAAGAUGUGAACAAAUACUUGGAUAAAAUGGGUUACAACAUUGGAACACGGCUGGUGGAAGAUUUUUUAGCUCGAUCCUGUGUGAGAAGAUGCCAUAGUUAUUCAGAAAUUAUCGACAUAAUCGCCCAGGUUGCUUUCAAGAUGUACUUGGGAAUUACACCGAGUGUGACCUGCCACAAUUCAAGCAGAAAUGAAUUUUCCCUGAUUCUGCACAAGAAUCCUCUGGCAGAGUUCGUAGAAGAACUGCCUGCUGGGCGGUCUGCGCUGUGCUACUGCAACUUACUCUGUGGGAUCAUCAGAGGGGCCCUGGAGAUGGUUCAUUUGGCUGCUGAUGUUACAUUCUUGCAAGACAGACUAAAAGGUGACAGUGUGACAGAAAUCGGAAUAACAUUUCUAAAAAAGCUGGACGAGAAAAAAUAUAGACGGAAAAAAUGAAGACUAGCAUGCAGAGAACCACUGGUAGCUGGCUGUCUAGUAUUAGGUAAACACACAGCCACAGAGGUUUUGCAUUGCCUGACAGCAUGGGCUUUGACAGGCUUAUAAAUCUUGCUGUGUACCACACACUUUUUGCGAUUUCAGAUACAAGUAACUUCUUAUAAAACAGUAAGCAUGAAUUCCACCUACAUGUUCAAUACAUCCUCAGCCAGUCUAGCCAUUCAAUUACCUGUGGCAAUAGGAAGAGAGAGAGAGAAAGAGAGAGAGAGAGAGAGAGAGAGAGAGAGAGAGAGAGAGAGAGAAACUACCUACAGAAGUGGUGGUAAGGGCCGUGGCUCUUUUCAGUAGAAAAAAAAAUGGAUGAAAUGAUACAGCAUUAGAGAGAGACAGAGUCUAGAAAUGGUAUAUAACAGAUAUAUUUGCAAUGUUUCUCAUAGACUUUAUUAAUUAUGAAUGUGAUUUUUCUUACUUAUUAUCUUGGCUUAUUGUUGCAGUAUAUUGUGUGAAGGUGUGUCUGUAUAUUCAAUUGUUAAUUCUGUACUGGCAGAGAGCUAAAUGCUGGCGGGAUUCUGGUACCACCAUUUCUAUGGCCCGUUUCCAGGUUUCCUAUUUUGUAAAUAUUUUCUUCCUCAUUUGCCUAAAGCAAUCUAGAAUUUA